AUGAAGCCAAGUUUCAGUUGUCUCUUCUUCUUCUUCCUCCUCCUCUGUUUCUUACACUGCGUGGCUUCCAGCACAGCGAGGCAGAGAGAUGCGCUAAACAAGUUCUACUUUAACAACGAAGCAGAGAGGUCGUCUUCUUCUUCUUGGGCGAGCAGUCUUCUUUCAGUAUCCGGCUUGGAGUCGAAGGUCUACGACAAUAGUGGGCUGAAGGAGGGGGACAAGGUUGUUCUGCUGCCUGGCCAGCCAGAAGGGGUGCAUUUCGAUCAGUACGCGGGGUAUGUCACAGUUGACAGAGCCAACGGACGGGCUCUGUUUUACUACUUUGCCGAGGCUGUCGAGAACAGCGGGUCGAAGCCUAUUGUGCUCUGGCUCAAUGGAGGGCCAGGGUGUUCGUCGCUAGGGUACGGCGCCAUGGAGGAGCUGGGGCCGUUUCGGGUCAUGAGUGACGGCAAGACUCUAUACAAGAAUCCCUACGCUUGGAACGAAGUGGCGAACAUCUUGUUCCUGGAGAGCCCCGCCGGUGUCGGCUUCUCUUACUCCAACACCACGUCGGACUACUCCAAGAGCGGAGACCGUAGGACGGCGACCGACGCGCUGGUUUUCCUCGUCAACUGGUUCGAGCGGUUCCCAGAGUAUAAGGGGAGGGACUUCUUCAUCACCGGCGAGAGCUACGCCGGCCACUACGUUCCCCAGCUCGCCCACGCCAUACUCCACCACAAAGAUCACCUCAUCAACCUCAAAGGCAUCGCGAUUGGGAACGCGGUGAUCAACAAGGAGACGGAUAUCAAGGGGACGUUUGACUACUUUUGGAUGCACGCGUUGAUCGCCGACGAGACCAUCCACGCGAUCCACAAGUUCUGCAAUUUCUCGCUGGACGCCCCGCAGACAGCUCCUGAGUGCGAUAGGGCGGUCGACGAGGCCAACCUCGUCGUGUACGAGUUGGACGUCUACAACAUAUACGCGCCGUUGUGCUUCUCGUCGGGAGUGACGCCGACUCCCAAAUCACCCUCGGUUUGUCUCUUCCGAACAUCUUGA